AUGGCGCCCCCGCCGACCGCCGCGUGUGCGGCGUCGGCGGAUCCGGUAGAUGCGGAGUCUCUGGAGGUGCGGUGCGCGGGGUGCGGCGAGGCGCUGGAGGUGGAGCGGGGCCUGACGGAGUUCAUCUGCCCGGACUGCGCCACGCCGCAGUCGCUUCCCCCCGAGCUCAUGCCGCCGCCGCCGCCCCGCCGGAAGGCACUCCCGCUGCCCCGCGGUGCCGCGGAUGUACGUGGCGCGCGGCUCCCCUGCGGCGCGUGCGGCGCGCUCCUCAGCGUGCCCGUUGGGAUGACGCGCUGCGCCUGCCCGCUCUGCGGCGCCGAGCUCGCCGUUGACACCGCGAGGCUCAGGCACUACCUCCUUUCCUCCGCCGCGUCGGCGGAUGCCGUCCCCGUGGUGCCGCUCGGCGCCUCGUCCUCGGAGCCUCCCAUCCUCCAAAUCCGGCAGGCACAUACAGAGCAUGCUGGCCAGUUUAUUUCAGAGUCGCCAGAAUCAGAGCAUCCAGAAUCAGGGCAUCCUGAUUACACGAUUGAUGGAGAAGAGUUACAUGGGGUCCCCGACGAUACUGCAAGGUAUCAGGAGCAGAGGAACAUAUAUCCAGGCAGCUCCAGAAUUGUUUCUGCAGAAAAGAGACAUGGUGAGCCUAUAUCUCAGGUCAGGCACCAGACUCAAGAUCUUACUUCCAGCCAUGCUAUUCGUGCAAAGCAGUCAUAUCAACAGAAUCCGGAUCGAGUUAUUGAGGCGCUGCAAAAUCCUGUUAAUUCUGCACUUUUUAGUGAAUCAGGGAUCAGCAAAUGGGACAAUUCAUGUUCAGGAAAAGCAACAAAAACCUGGAAGCAAAACAAACCACAGAGAAGGGCAUGCGCUCAACUGGUUCAUGAGACUAUUGCAGGCAACGACAACAGGGGCAGGAGGCAGUUGAUUGGCCUCGAUGUUAUGGGUUCAGAGAGGAGACAAGAACAGACAACAAAUGGUGCCACUCAAGAGGUGCGAAGGGAACAUUCUGAAUCUGCGAUUCGCAAGGAAAUGGGUAAUCAAGUAACUCACGUGGAAUCGGAACAGCCAGGAAGCCACAGAGUUCACGCAGGGAAACGGAAAGGCUUGGUUGCUGCUUCAAAUUCAGUUCUUCAGCUUAGGCGUAGCAAACGUUUGGCAAAAGAUUCAUCUGCUGCCACAGACAGACAACUUGUCAUGGACACUGAAGUAAUUCAUAGGCAAAAUGUUGGAUGUCAAGCUGUUUCUCCAAAUGGACUCAUGCCAACGGCCAUUAUAGAUGCUGAACAAACAGAAAGUGAGCCUGAUGAGCAGUCUCCAGUACAUUCGUCUGAUCUGUCAGAUACUAAUAGAAUCAUCGACAAUUUAUGUAACAGUUCAUUGCCUUCACCUGAGUUUCUUCAAACAUGCUCUAAUGAAUCGGAGAACCUUCAUAUAACUACGCUACCUUCUCCAAACCAUGACAUGUCGGAUGCUGAGCAUUUUUCUUCAAACCUCGACAUGGCUGAUCCUGAGGAUUUUGUUUGUACCUAUAUUCCUUUAGAUGUUAAAAGGGCCCUCGCAAAGCAAGAUUCCAAGUCAUCCCCUCAUCAUAUGACGUCCCAGCAAAGUUCUGGCGAGGCAUACCUGCGAGAUUCAAUGGAUUCAGAAGGGCAGGAAGUGCAGCUAGAAUCUCAGAGAAAAGGUAGACGUCCUCGUGGUUUAACACUAUGUCUGAAGGUGUGGACCAUGCAUAAGGGCAUGCACAUACCAGUUUCAUUGAACUCUUCAGGUCAACCUAUUGGAAAAGAAGCAGCCACAUUGACUUCCUUUCUGGGUGCAUUAGCACGGGAUGGAAUACUGGUACCUCUUACAUACCAUAAUUGGAAACUUGUUCCUGAGAAAAAUAAGGAUGCGAUGUGUCAUAUUGUCAAGCUCAAAUUUGACAUUGCUCCGUUUCCAAAGUCAUGGGUUGUGAAGAAUUUAGCAAAGAAGUGGAGAACUUGGAAAUUUCAAUUAAAACAACAGCAUUUUGAUACUCAUGAAACAGAAGAGGAGCGCCUUGCCGAUCGGAAUCCUCGUGUCCUCGAAGAACAUUGGCGAUUCUUAGUUGCAUAUUGGAGUACUGAAAAAGCACAGGCUUUAAGUGCUCAAAACAAGGCUAUUCAGGCAAAAGUAACCACUUAUCAGACCUCAGGGACGAAGAGCUUUGCACGUAGAAUUGAAGAGGAGAAACAAAAAUGGCCAAAUAAGGAUGAGCCAACUGUUGAGGACUUGUUCAUAUUGACUCACACACCCAAGGAUGGGAGGCCUGUGAUGAAGGCUGCAGCUGAUGCCAUUGCACGGCGACUCCAUGAAUUACGUCAAAAGCAAUCAGAAGGCCCAAAGCGCCGACGGGGGAAGGCAGCCUUGAAGGCAUCUUUGGAUGAAGCCAUGGAGGCUAAGAGAAAGGCUGAAGACGAGACAGCUGCAUUGAGGGAGAAGUUGAUUGCUAUGGAAGAAAGUCAGAAAAAGCUGCAGGAGGCUACAGCCAUCAAGAAGAGCGCAGCCGGCAGCCCUAGUCGUAGUCGGGGUCCAGACUCCGCCCAGCUGCAGCAGGCAGCCAAUGGUGGCGCAAAUGGAGCGGGGCCGAGUAGAAGUAGAAGGCACAGUCGCACAAGCGCACGACGGCAUGGAGUGCCGGCACAACUUGGCAGCUCGACAACACCGCGGCAAAGGCGCAGCAAGCCGCCAAGGCGUGGAUAUGAGCCCCGAGACGCCGUAAGUGAGACAGGAUACAUGCCCGGGGCGCGGCACAAGCAAGCAGACAACACGCGGCGGGACAGGGGUGCGUCAUAA